AUGAUAGGAUGGGGCGACAUGUACAAGGUGGUGGUGUCGAUGUUCCCGCUGUACGUGCCGCUCAUGCUUGGCUACAGCUCCGUCAAGUGGUGGCGCCUCUUCUCCCACGACCAAUGUGAUGGCAUCAACCGCUUCAUCUCCCUCUUCAUCCUCCCCCUCUUCGGCUUCGGAUUCACUGCCCACAUAAACCCCUUUGCCAUGAACUUCCGCCUCCUCGCUGCUGAUGGCCUGUCCAAGCUCGCCACCCUCUCGAUCCUCGCCCUCUGGGGUAGGUUCAGCAGCCGGGGGAGCUACAGCUGGUGCAUCACGACAUUCUCGCUGUGCACGCUGCCAAACCUGCUCGUCGUCGGCGUGCCGAUGCUGCAGGCCAUGUACGGCAAGUGGGCGGUCGAUCUGGCGGUCCAGCUGUGCAUGUUGCAGUCUCUGAUUUGGUACCCUCUGGUUCUUCUGUUUCUUGAGUUCAGAAAAAGGAGGAUGAUGGAUUUGGCCACUCCUCCUCCUCCUCCUCCUGAAGAAAAUGUUGGUGGUGAUGAUCUUGAGAAGAGGAGCCAUGGGACAUUCCAAAUGGUGUGGAUUAAGAUGGCCAUGAACCCUAAUGUGUAUGCCAAUGUUCUCGGCCUCGCUUGGGCUCUCAUGGCUAGCAGACUAAAAUUUACAAUGCCAAGUAUCAUGGAAGGUUCGAUCGAGAUCAUGUCAAAAGGGGGGACAGGCACAGCCAUGUUUAACAUCGGGAUAUUCAUGGCAAUGCAAACGAAGGUGAUAGCCUGUGGAACGGGCCCAGCGGUUUUAGGAAUGGUGUCGAGGUUCGCGGUGGGGCCUGCAACCAUGGCCCUUUGUUCUCUUGCAUUGGGCUUGCAUGGGCCUUCUUUACGGGUCGCCAUCAUUCAGGCGGCUCUUCCACAGGCCAUCGCUUCUUUCGUGUUUGCCAACGACUACGGAUUGCAUGCAAAAGUCAUUAGCACUGCGGUGGUGUUCGGCACACUGAUUUCCCUCCCACUAUUGAUUGGCUAUUACGUUGUCUUGGAAUAUGCAGCUUGA